UGAUGCAUGAUGCCUUCUGGACGGAACUUCGAGUUGUGUUGGGCUUACACUGCGUCUCACAGUUUUUGAGUUUACUAAAAGUUUCAUCCAAACUGGCAGUCCCGGAGUUUUAAUGAUGGUCUGAUAAUCCCCACCACGCGAUACCUGUCGAACGUCUGAUAUACCUGCAAAACCAACCGCUUAACUUAGACAACGACAUCGCACAGCUGCCUUUCGCCCCCUUGAACGCUCGGCAUAGCCUGGCACUAUUACUAUCUUGCAAUGGGCAAUUGCUGUCCUCAAAAAUCUAUGCAGAAGAGAAAUGGCAGUUCCCAGUCGCCUCACCGAGUUGAUUUCAAAAUCGAGCCACGUAAUAUUUCCGUGACAGAGGUCAAAAAACUUGAGUCGUAUCCCAGUGGUACCGGAGGGCUCGGUGAUGUCUGGAUGUGUUCUUGGUCUCGAAAGUCUCAGGUUGGAACAUAUAAGGUUGCGGUCAAAUCAGUUAGGAUUCCUCAAGCAAAUGAUACAGAACUGGUGAAUAGGACAAGCAAGAGGAUUCGUCGCGAGGCUUAUGUUUGGAUCACCCUAGAGCAUGAAAAUAUUCUCACCUUUAAUGGUGUUAUCGAUGGCUUUGGGCCACUCCCUGCACUAGUCUCUCCGUGGAUGGAAAAUGGAUCGCUCGAUAGCUAUCUGAAACAGGAAUGCGUUCCUUCCAAGGCCGAAAUAUUGAGAAUGUUGAGACAGAUAGCGGCCGGCCUCAAAUAUUUACACGACAAAGGAGUGGUCCAUGGUGAUUUGACAUGUACCAACGUUCUAAUUAGCGCCGACGGGCGUCUCCAUCUUGCAGACUUUGGUCUCUCAAUGAUCCUUUCAGAAUCGCAAAACUCUACCUUCAAUUCGUGUCACCAAGGAAAUGUGCGCUGGAUGGCGCCUGAGAUGCUUUCUUUACCUGAGCAAGGGGGAGUGGUGAUGCCAACCAAAGCCGCCGAUGUUUACUCAUAUGGCUGUAUCAUGCUUCAGCUUUUUUGUGGAUAUGUACCUUACGUCUGGCUAACGCAAGCGUACCACGUAAUUGCAGCAAGAGUCGCAGGAACAGAACCCUUCCGUCAAUUCACUGACGUCGAAUAUGUACACAAGGAGUAUUCAUUGAAAUGCAUAUCUGUCAAAUCCGGAGAUCGACCUGUGGCCUCAGCGAUUGUCGAGUUCUUAGGAGCAGAGUAACAACAAAUAUGAAUGAACUAGCCCAGGAUACUGUGUACUCAAAACGACAUCUGAGUCCUUCGCUAUUUACCACUGCCUUGUUUACAUAUGCUAUGAGGCCUGCAGGUCUUGCAUGCAGUCUGCUGGCAUAUAAGUACUGCUCCUACAUAAACACGAAUACAGCUAGCAGUGUAUCAUACGACACCGAGAAGCGAGAGUAAUACAUGGAGUAACAUGAUAUAUACUAUGGUAAUAGGACACAACCGGAG